CUUAAUAGAUAAUUUUGAGCUGACAUUGAUAUAAAAAUAAUCAGGGUGUACCAAAUAAUAAAAAUUAAAAAUGUUGUUGGUUCAUUUUUAAGAGCGGUAUUGCCGGAAAUAUUGGAUUAAUCGUUUUACCAUUUGAGUAAACCAACAUUAAAAGCUGAUAUUAGAAAAGCAGCGAUAUAUAAUUUAUUAAAAAUGCCUGAAAUAUUAAACUACUUUUUAAAUAGGCAAUUAUAUUAAGAAACAGAAUAUAAAGCAUUCCUAUUAUCUAAAUACAUAUUUCAAUGCAAUUGUAUGCUAUUAUCAUUUACUAAACACUGUCUCACAAAUUGUAUUCUAAUUAUAUGGAAGUAUAAAAUGCAACAGAUUUUACUUAUGGAUUAAUUCAGGCGAUUCUCAAUCGGAAAACAAUAAAGAAAAUCUCAUAUUUUAUGGUAUGAGGAUUUUAUUUAUAAUAGAUUAUCUAGCAUUUCAAAAUCUUAAAUUCAUCUUUAGAAAUAAAUAUACAACUAUAAGAAACAAUUUAAUUCAUAAUUGAUUUAUUUGGUAACACUUUUUAAUUUUUCUACUGAAUACUACCAAAUUGAGUUAAAAGUAAUUAUAACUGAUAUCUGUAUUUUAUGAAUAAUCUGGAAUUAGAUAAAGUUACACUUAUAUUCCUUAAAAUUCAAAGUUUGUUCUACAAAAAAGGGAAUUACAUGAAGCCCAUGUAUAAUGUACUCUAUUGAUUUGAUAUAAUCUAGUCUUGGAGCCAGCUAAUACUUUUGGAAAUAUUAUCCUUAAUUAACAUAAAUAUAAGUUAAUCUCAAAGCCAAACAUUGUCUAAAUAAUAGUUCUCUCGUCAAUGUUCUUGCAAAUUUUAAAUAAUAUAACAAGUUUAAGUUGUCUGAAAACCUCAUUAUUGAGGGAUCAAUAAAUGAUUUAGAACCUAAUGUAUUAGUUAUUAAUUAAAUCUAUAUAAUUAUCGCAGGAUUAAGAUUAUCUAAUGGCAAAUUAAUUUUUGGAGAUUCCGAGCCUACCAAAAGAUAAGCUUUUUUGUUAAGACUAUGAUAACUAAAUAAUGAAAAAAUAUUUUUGA